CCCGGCCGGCCCGCGAGGACCCCUCACGGCCAAGAUGGCGGCGCCCGCGAGGCCAGCGCGCGGCCUGCUCCGGCUGGCGGCGGCCCUGCGCCCGGGUCCCCGCGGCUACCGGGCGCCGCCGCCCCCGCGCCGCUCGCCGGGGCCCUGGUGGCCAGACCCGGAGGACAUGCUGACUCCGCGCUGGCAGCGGGGGCCGCGCUACGCGGCCAAGCAGUUCGGGCGUCACGGCGACGCCUCCGGGGUGGCCCCCGGUUCGCUGUGGCCGUCGCGGGAGCAGCUGCGCGAGCUGGAGGCCGAGGAGCGCGAGUGGCACCCGAGCCUGGCGGCCAUGCAGGAGUCGCUGCGAGCGAAGCAGCUGGCCGAGGAACAGAAGCGGCGGGACAGGGAGCAGCGCAUUGCAGAGAGCAUGGCCAAGAUGCCACAGAUGAUUGAGAACUGGCGGCAGCAGCAGCGGGAGCGCUGGGAGAAGGCGCAGGCGGACAAGGAGAGGAGGGCCCGGCUGCAGGCUGAGGCCCAGGAGCGCCUGGGCUACCACGUGGACACAAGGAGCGCCCGCUUCCAGGAGCUGUUACAGGACCUGGAGAAGCAGCAACGCAAGCGCCUCAAGGAGGAAAAACAAAGAAAGAAGAAGGAGGCAAGAGCUGCUGCGAUGGAAGCUGCUGCGGCCCAGGAAGCCACUGAGGCCCAGGACCCAGCAGCCUCUGGGGCACCCAGCUCCUGAGCUCUGUCCUUUCCCAAUAAAGGCUGCCACCUGACCGUCCCUUGAAG